GCGCGAUGCACGUGCUUAUGAUAUAGUAAUGUUUCAUUCACCCUCUGUUGAUCACACUCUAAUAAUAGAACAUUCCAAAAAUCAGACGAUAUUAAUAUUAAAAAAUCAGACAAUAAAAUAUUUAAAAAAAUCGAAACACGAGAGUUCACACUGUAUCUAUAGCUACUUGUAAUUUAUUGCAGUUUAGGAGUAAAAGUGACUCUCUGUGAAAUCAUGACUCAAAGAUCGAAUUCUGUAGACAUUCAGGAUCUACAAGAUAUACAAACACCCUUUGGAAUACCAUUAUCAGGAAUCUAUAAAAGGAGUUUUGCCUAUAUAACAAUUAAAGAUAGAUUACCAGUAAUUUUAACUAAAAUAAUUGAUACUCUGAGUCGAAACAAGGAAGAUAUUGCUGAGAAAUAUGGAGAGAAUGCAGUAGAAGAAGUUAAACAAAUAACGGGAUUUAUCAGUAAAUUAAAGAAUGAAAUAGGAACAAAUAAAACUUUAAAACCUCUGCGAUUACUAUCUGAUAGUAAAGACAACGAUGCUGAAGAAUGGAAUAAAUAUUUAAUAAAAAGAACUGAGAUAGAGGGAGGAACACCAACAUGGUUCAAUACUGCUUGGCUAUAUUGUGAAUGUUAUAUGUACCGGGCACUUGCACAAGAAUUUGCCCUGUUGAAAUUUAUGAAAGAUUAUGAUCCUUUCGAACAGCAGAAGCAAAGCGCAUUUAUAAAUUCACUAAGUAGCAUAGAAGUACUUUCUGCUUAUACUAUAAACCUCAUACAUAAAGUAAAAAAUCUGUCAGUAGCUGAAACCAAAGAAGAACUUUUUAAAUUUCUUAAAUCUAAUCUCUGGGGUAACAAAUGUGAUUUAUCAUUAAGUGCAGGAGCAGAAGUUAGUCAGAAUAGUAAUCCUAUAGAAGUGUUAAAAUCAUUGGAUAAAAAUAUUCUUGUAAAUAAUUUAGAUUUUGUUUGGAAUUUGCUACAAAAGAAAAACAAUAUAAUACUUGAUAAUGCAGGAUAUGAACUUUUUACUGAUUUAUGCCUAGCUGCAUUCUUAAUUGCAACUAAACUUGCUGAAAAAAUCAGGUUUUAUGUAAAACAUUAUCCAUGGUAUGUUAGUGAUACAACAACAAAUGAUUUUAACUGGACUCUAACAUACAUGCAAAAUUCACCAAAUGAAAGUAUACAAGAAUUAGCUAAUUACUUGAAAAAUAAUGUAUGGACUAUUGAGGAAGAACUAUAUUGGACAAGUCCUUAUGACCUUGCAGAAAUGAAAGAACAUGACCCAACAUUAUAUGCAAAAUUAUCAGAAGCUAAAUUAGCAAUAUUCAAAGGUGAUCUAAACUAUAGAAAAUUAUUGGGUGAUAUAAAUUGGGAAUACACAACAGAAUUUAAACAAUCAUUAAGAGGAUUUCAUCCUACACAUAUUUUAAGUUUGAGAACAGUAAAAUCUGAUGUUUGUGUUGGUCUAAUACCCGGUAUAGCAGAAGAAUUAUUCAAAAAAGAUGAGAAUUGGAUGUUUACAGGAGAAUACGGACUUAUCCAAACUACAAUAGCUGGAACUUGUCAAUGUUCUAGUAAAAUAUCUUAAAAUUCUAUGAACCAUCAGGUAUUAGGAACAUUGAAUUAUAAACAAAUUUCAAUGUGUUGCAUAUAUUUUGUAUUAAAUGUGUACUAUUCACAAUUCUAUUGCAUUUCAACUACUGUAUAUUCAAUGUACAUAAUUGAUUGUACAUAUAUGUGUAUAAUUUAUUAAUUUAUAUCUACAAAUGUUACAUAUACAAUCCAAUUAUUACAGUAAUUAAUGACUUUAUAUAUGAUUAUUUAAAUUGUAAAGUGUAUGAUUUAAACUAUGAAAAUAAUUAUCAAAAGCUAUUUUAUAAUUAUAUCUCAGUAAUUGCCUUUCUGAAUUUCUAUAUACAUAUAUAUACAUUUUGUACUAUAAUAUUAUAGUUUUUUAAUUAAAAUUUUCAUACCACAAACUAUUCUAAAACAAAUAUUCUAAUUAUAAAUAAAAAACUGUACACACAUAAAUACAAAACAUAAAAUUUUAUAAAUUCUAUUGCAAAAAUUUAAUCACGUCUUUUUUAUUCGAAAUUAAAAUUCCUCAAAAUCUAUAUAAACAAUGAUCAUGAGUUUUUAUAUCUUCUCUUAUAAUGUGUAAUACUUAAAUUUGUGUAAUACUUUUAUAUUUUUUCUUAUAAUGUGUAAUACUUAAAUAAUAAAUUAUUACAUUAUCAUUGUGUGCAUGUGUGUGUGUGUGUGUAUGUGUUUAUUAUUUUCUAAUGAUAAUACACAAUUAACAUGCAUCAAAUGCAUGUUUUAAUAUAUUAAUUUGUAUUGUAAAUUCAUGUUAAUGCAAUUUACUAUUUACUAUUUAUUAAAAUCAAAUAAAAAUUAUAAUAACAAUUUUAAAAUAACAAUUUUGAUAAAAGAACACUAAAUAGAAAACACAAAAUAGAAAAUACGCAUUCUUUGCCAAAUUUAAUUUACUUCAAAAUUUCAAUAAGUACAUAACAAAAUGAGUAAUCAAUGUUGAAAAUGUUUCAAUUUCGUGAAUCAAUGUGAAAGUGUAUCAAUUUUGAAAAUAUAUAAUUUUUACAAUCAUGUAAUAUGUAUUUAGAAAUGCAAAUUAUUAAGAAAAGAUAUUAUUCAUAAGUAUAUUCAUAUGUAUGAAGAAAAAAAAUAAUUGGUCAAAGAUAUUGAGAUAAUUCUCACAGAAUAUCAACAUACAUACCCAUAACAUUAUAUUAUAGCAACUAAUAUAAAAUAUCAGUAAUUAAAAUAAAUAUAUUAUUAUUAAUUAGUAUAUUAUUAAUCAUAUAUAAUUUAAUGAUGAAAAUCACGAAUCAAUUGUAAUAUAUGUGUUCUUAUAAUUAAAGAAUUAUUUUAAGUUCAUAUAUUUUCUCUGUCCUAAAUUAGUUGUUACAUUUGUAUGUUUUAUGUACCAAAUAUGAUGACUAAUUUGGGUCGGAGGGAGUAUAAAAUAUGAAAUAUACUACGAAGUAUACUAUGAAAAUUUGAAAUGUUUCACAAGAAAAUUCUAUGUUUUACAAAAAAAGUACAAAUUUAAAACAUAAAAAACUCAAAUUUAAAACAUAAACAUAGAAUUAUAAAUAUCAGAUUUAGAAUGUUUAGUGAAUGAUAUAUAAAUUUGUAUAUAGUACCACAUCCUAAAAGAAUUUCUGAACAUUCUACCAAGUGGCAGUAGAACUCUUAGUAAUUAUAAUAAAUAUUUUAAUUUGUAUUUACACGUCAAUAUAUAAUAUUCAUAAAUUAAAUUUUGAGUUUAUAGAAGCAUUAGUAUAGAUAUUGUUGUAAAUGCUACAAAUGUUUAAUAUUUAUAAAAUGAGCUUGUCCAGCAAGUUCCUUCUUAAAUUAUCUUUUUAAGCGAAUUUUUUUAAUAAUAUGCAAAUAUAAAAUUAUGAUAUUUAUUGACCAUUUGUUGUAUUACAAGAAAUUUAACAAUAGCUCAUACUUCUUAAAUCUCUUUCAGUAAAUAUUUUUUAUUUGGGAUGCAGUAUAAUAGUAUUCCAAUAUUGCAAUAACAUAAUAAAGGAAUCUAUAUUUAUAACUUUAUGAUACUAAGGCAGCGAUAUUAAGAGAUUUUAGAAUAUCUAUUUUUUGUAGCUCUUGUUUAUUAUUUUUGAGAUUUAUGUGUCCAUAUAUAUUAUAAAUAUAUAUAGACAAAAAUAAAUUUACUGUUCUAUAAUACAUGUUAUUUAAACACAUAAUUUUAUGUUAUAUAAACUUAUAUAGGGAACUCCUCAACAUUAUGAACAAUCAAAAUAUUUUUAG